AUGGGCGAGGACGCUGAGAGCCCCAAAAUCAACCACACCUUCCUGCGAGACUACGUCACUGAAGCUGAUGUCAUCUCUACGGUGGAGUUUAACCAGACAGGGGACCUGCUGGCCACGGGGGAUAAAGGUGGCCGCGUGGUCAUCUUCCAGAGAGAGACUGAGUCCAAAGGGGAGUCAGAGGAGGUGGGGGAGACGGGGGACUCGGGGGAGUACAAUGUCUACAGCACUUUCCAGAGCCACGAACCGGACUUUGACUACCUGAAGAGUCUGGAGAUCGAAGAGAAGAUCAACAAGAUCAGAUGGCUGCCACAGCAGAACGCGGCACAUUUCCUCCUCUCCACCAAUGAUAAGACCAUUAAAUUGUGGAAGGUGAGUGAGAGAGACAAGAGACCAGAGGGAUACAACCUGAAAGAUGAGGAGGGGCGGAUCAAGGACACCUCUACCAUCACCUCUCUGCAGGUGCCGGUGCUGAAACCCACAGAUCUGAUGGUGGAGGUUCGUCCCAGGAGAGUGUUCUCCAACGGGCACACCUACCACGUUAACUCCAUCUCAGUCAACAGCGACGGGGAGACCUACCUGUCUGCUGACGACCUCCGCAUCAACAUGUGGCACCUGGGCAUCACGGACCGCAGCUUCAACAUCGUGGACAUCAAACCAGCCAACAUGGAGGAUCUGACGGAGGUGAUAACAGCGGCGGAGUUCCACCCUCACCACUGCCACCUGUUUGUGUACAGCAGCAGCAAGGGCACCCUGCGCCUCUGUGACAUGAGAGCCUCGGCGCUCUGUGACCGACACACCAAACUGUUUGAGGAACCUGAGGAUCCAGGGAGCCGGUCCUUCUUCUCAGAGAUCAUUUCCUCUGUGUCCGACGUCAAGUUCAGCCACAGUGGGCGUUACCUGCUGACCAGAGACUACCUCACCGCCAAGGUGUGGGACCUGAACAUGGACAAGGGCCCCGUGGAGACGUACCAGGUCCAUGAAUACCUGAGGAGUAAGCUGUGUUCCCUCUAUGAAAACGACUGCAUCUUUGACAAGUUUGAGUGCGUCUGGAACAGCUCAGACAGCGUGAUCAUGACAGGGGCGUACAACAGCUUCUUCCGGAUGUUCGACAGGGAGACGGGCCGAGGCGUAACCCUGGAGGCCUGGCGGGAGAGCAGCAAGCCCCGGGCCGUGCUGCGGACCCGGCGCGUGUACAACGGCGGAAAGCGGCGGCGUGGGGACGUGGGCGUCGACAGCCUGGACUUCACUAAGAAAAUCCUGCACAUGGCUUGGCACCCGUCUGAGAAUAUCAUUGCCAUAGCGGCCACCAACAACCUGUACAUCUUCCAGGAUCGCGUCAACCCGGAAACGCAGUUACAGUGA